AGCCUCUGCUAAUUGCUAAACCCUGUCCCUCUUCAUUUUUCUCCACCGCCUGCAAAGCUCUAAGCGAUGUUCUCCUCUCCAUUCUGGCCAAAAUCUAUUACAUCCACAAAAUUUAGAGCUUUGUCGAUCUCGGAAGGCCAAAGGAUAGAAAAACAAAAGAAAAUACGUUGCAAGCAAAUGAAUGAGAGGCGAUGAGUCAAAUGCCAAGGAGCUUUUUAUUGGUUUCCAAUUUUCCCUCGUCCUUCUUCUGUAAAACUUCUUCUUCACCGUCGUGUCUUCCUUUUAUGGCCAAGUUGCAGUGCCGAGCACUUCAGAAUCAUUCAGCCUUUCAUUUUCUUUCUUCACCAUUUGGUACGUGUCACGAAUACGGACAAUGCUCUCAGCUUCGAUUGAGAAAUCCCAGAGUGUCAUCCGUGAUCUCUAUCAACUACUCAAAGGUUCCACUGUGCCUCGUCGAUGGGUCUGUGAGUGUAUCAGCUGUUCACUCAUGUUUAAGAGCUGGAUGUCUUAGUUCGUCUUUGAACAAGGUUAUCGCUCUGAGUUCACGUAAUUAUGGAGCUUUUGCCAGGCGACAUUUUUCUCAAGUCUCUAGGGUAAAAAAUCAGAAUCAAGAUGGUCAGUUUGGCAAAUUUUUUAAGCAGGCAAAGCUUUUGACUUCUCAUGUCAAAAAGAAAGCUAUUAAUUCUGGAAUUUCAGCUUCCAAUGAUGUCAAUGCCAUGGCAUCGGCUGAAGAGAUGGUUGGAGAUGUGAAGCUGGGAUCCUCUUUUUCCACUUCUACUUUAAGCAAUAAUAACCCCAAAUCCAAAGUUAGGGGAAGACAGAAGAAGCAAUCAAGAGCUAAUACAGAAAAGGAACAACCUUCUGGCAUCAUGGCCUCAGAUGAAGCUGCUGUCAUGGAUUCUUCUCAACUAAAGAGUUCCAGCACCAUAAAAAGUAGCCAGAGUCCCAACGAGGGUUUAGAGAAGAAAUCAAAUAUGAAGACACCCAAGGAUUUGCUUGAUGGUUCUGCAUCAUCAAAAAACCAGUCCAACAAGAAAAACAGAAACUCUAGUGGAAAGGGUAAGUCUGUGAAAGCAGUUAAUGAAUCAGGAGUGAAACUGAAACCUCAAGCAAUGGACAAACUGAAACCUUUGAUUCAAGAGGCGCUAAAGCCACUAUAUCCUCCUACUGGGAAAUCUGUUGUGGUGGUUGAGUCCAUUACAAAGGCGAAGGUCAUUCAACGGUACCUUGGUGAUAUGUUUGAAGUUUUACCUAGUUAUGGUCAUGUAAGGGACUUGGCUGCAAGGUCUGGUUCUGUGCGACCUGAUGAAGACUUUAGUAUGGUAUGGGAGGUUCCUGCUGCUGCUUGGACUCAUCUUAAGAGCAUCAAGGUUGCUCUAAGCGAAGCAAAAAAUCUUAUACUUGCAUCAGAUCCUGAUCGUGAAGGAGAGGCAAUUGCUUGGCAUAUUAUUGAGAUGUUGCAACAACAGGAUGCUUUACGUCAAGGGAUUACUCUGGCCAGAGUUGUCUUUCAUGAAAUAACUGAGGAAUCCAUAAAACAUGCCUUGCAAGCUCCUAGAGAAAUUGAUUUGAACUUGGUUCAUGCUUACCUUGCACGGCGUGCUCUUGAUUAUUUAAUUGGCUUCAACAUUUCACCAUUGUUAUGGAGGAAAUUACCAGGUUGCCAGUCAGCUGGACGUGUCCAAUCUGCUGCAUUGUCUCUUAUAUGUGACAGGGAAAUGGAAAUUGAUGAAUUUAAGCCACAAGAGUACUGGACUAUUGAAGUUGAAUUAUACAAAAACAAUCCCGGUUCUUUGGUGAAUACUCACCUGACCCAUUUUGACUCCAAUAAGUUGAAUCAGCUUUCAAUUAGCUCACAUACAGGGGCAAAGGAUAUUGAACUGAAGAUAAAGGAUGCACUUUUUCAAGUUGCUGGUGUUAAAGAAAGCAAAAUGAGGAGAAAUCCUCCCACACCUUAUAUAACGUCAACACUUCAGCAAGAUGCAGCAAACAAAUUACAUUUUCCUUCAAUGUAUACAAUGAAGCUUGCGCAAAAACUUUAUGAAGGGAUUCAGUUAUCAGAUGGGAAGGCAACGGGUUUGAUAACAUACAUCAGAACAGAUGGACUGCAUAUUUCGGAUGAAGCAGUCAAGGGAAUACGUUCCUUGGUGAUUGAAAGGUACGGCCAAGAUUUUGCAUCUGGGGGCCCACUCAGAUAUUUUAAGAAGGUGAAGAAUGCUCAAGAGGCCCAUGAAGCAAUUAGACCAACCAAUAUUUGGAUGUUACCAUCAAUGCUUGUUGAUGUACUUGAUGAAGAUUCCUUGAAGUUGUACACUCUUAUUUGGUCUCGAACAGUGGCAUGCCAAAUGGAACCUGUUACUAUCAACCAGAUCCAAAUUGACUUUGGGAAUGCUGAUAUGUCAAUCGCUCUGAGAUCUUCAUGCUCAGAAAUUGGGUUUCUUGGAUACCAGGCAGUUUAUGAGGAUAUUGAGGCUAGAGCAGUAAGAUACAAGGAAAAUGAGGUGCCUGAUCGUCAGGAAGCCUUUGCAAGUCUCAAGUCACUUAAGCCAGGGGAUCAUUUGAAUCUUGGUGAAGUAAAAAUCAAGCAGCACUUUACCCAGCCUCCACCUCGCUACUCUGAAGGAUCAUUGGUAAAGAAGCUGGAGGAACUUGGCAUUGGAAGACCUUCAACAUAUGCAAGCACUUUGAAAGUGUUGCAGGAUAGGAAAUAUGUGACAGUGAAAAGCCGUGUGCUGUAUCCAGAAUUUCGUGGUCGCAUGGUGUCAGCAUUUCUCUCUCACCACUUUACUGAGGUCACAGACUACAGCUUUACUGCUGAUAUGGAAACUGAGCUUGAUAAUGUUUCUGCUGGCUUAACCGAAUGGAAAGGCCUUCUCAGAGACUAUUGGACACGAUUUAGCUCAUACUGCAAUCGUGCUGAAAGCAUCCAUAUUCAUCAGGUGGAGAAGAUGCUAGAGAAAACAUUUGGUGAUUUUUUGUUUGGUUUGCUACCUAAUAACAGCAAGGCAUGCCCUAGUUGUCUGGAGGGCACUUUGAUCUUCAAAGUAAGUAGGUAUGGUGCUGGCUAUUUCGUAGGUUGUGAUCAACACCCAAAGUGCAAGUAUAUUGCUAAGACUUUAUAUGGUGAAGAAGAAGAAGAAGAAGAAGAAACUCCUCAAAACAAGUCUGUGGAGGAACCAAAGUUGCUUGGUGUUCAUCCAGUAUCUAAUGAAAAGGUUCUCUUGAAGAAUGGUCCAUAUGGAUUCUAUGUACAGCUUGGUGAAGACAGGAAGGGUUUCACACCAAAAAGAGCCUCUGUUUCUCAUAUAAAGGAUGUGGAUGGUAUUACAUUGGAGGAUGCUCUGGGGUUACUGCGUUAUCCUGUGACAUUGGGUAACCAUCCAAAGGAUGGGCAUCCUGUGAUAUUAAAGCAUGCAAAGGUUGGAUUUUCUGUUAGACAUCGACGGACAAUUGCUUCAGUUCCCAAGAAUAUGAAGCCAGAUGAUGUGACCUUGGAGAAGGCAUUGGAGCUUUUAUCAGGUGCUAAUGUCAGGCACCUCGGUCGACCUAAGAGGAAAACAAAGGUUGAGGAAAUCGUGGAGGCUGUGUAGCCUUGGCAAAUGGCAAUUACAAGCCGGCUGUUCUGAUGUACAGUCACUUGUUCAAGGCAACUUUUCAACAACACAAAUCAUGUGCUUGCCAAGAUGCAUCUCAUCUCCCGCAUGGGUGUCAAGGGAUUCGAUUAAUGGAGAGAGUUGUUCUGAAUGAUGACAACCAAUUGUUAUAAUGUCAUCUACUAACCCUUUUGUUUGUUAUCAUAUUCUUUUGGGGUCAUAUUCACAGGGGAUCGCAUUAGUUAUUUGAGGUAAACGUGAAUUUCGAGUGUUGUAUUUGAUUCUUCGGACAAUGCAUUCAGAUGGAAUCUUCAUUGCAACUAUUCUUUUGGUUUAAACUACCUGGACAUUGUAAUAACAUAGUGGUGAAAAUGGGGAAAAGUUGCUGCAGUCGAAACCAGCAAUUUUGAAAUUUCGGUUUUCUUUGUAAGAUUCCUGGUUAUGGAAGUCUUUAAAUUUACGGCAAAAGCCUUCCGGAUGAUACUCUUUUAA